AUGGGUUCCUUUGGAAAGCCAUUACCAGUUCCUAGUCGGUUAGCUUAUGCAACAUCUAAAGCAGCUCUCAACAUGAUGACUGUUCAAUUUGAUAAAGAAUUUCGUACACAAAACUGGAAUAUUAAAAUCAAUAGAUUGGCAAAGACCGACAUGAAUAAUAAUAACGAAAGUUAUCCUCCACCAACACAAGCUGCUAGAGCUAUUGUUCAUUUUGCAACAUUGCCUGACGAUGGUCUAUCUGGAGCAUUCUUUGAUUCAGAAAAAAAUCAAAUGCCAUGAGAUGGUUUCAACAGCAAUUCAUUGGUUGGCAUUCAUUUUAUUCAGGCAAUUCUAAGGAUUGCUCAAUAUGAUCGAUAUUCAUUAAAUAGUGUAUGA